AUGGCAAGUCAAGUGGUGGAAGAAACAGUAGAAAUAAUGGAGUCUCCGAGGGAAUCCCCGAUUAUCAAUCCUGUCGAGGAGCCGGUAGAAGAAUUUGAGGCUAUCUUGGCGAAAGUCCAGAUUCCUAAAAAUAUAAAAAGUCUGUUAUCUUACUGUGGAUGGAACAGUGUCUCAACAUUUCAAAAUAUAUCAGAAUCUGAUAUCGACGAAAUGGAAAGAUUCGCCAGGGAUGAUUUAUCACAGCUUUUAGAAGGUACCGAAUUAAAAGAGUUUUUUGGAGUUUUUGCAAAAAAGCCCUCCUUGUUCAAACUUCAUGGAGGACAUAGGCAAUUACUUCGCAACAUAAAAGUAAUGUGUAAAGCUACUUCCCAAAUAAAAUGUUCUAAAUGCCUCAGUAAAUGCAAAUGCAUGUGCAAGGAUCUUGGCAAGCAUACAGCAGGUAAAAAGAGGGUGAAAAAUGCUGAAAAAACCCGUGAAAAAAGAAAAAAGGAUAUCGAACAAUGUACAGAAGAACCAAGUAACGUAGAGCAAGACAAAAACAACAAAAAGGGACACAAUUUUUCUGAAGCAGAAUCAGAAGAACCUUCGGGAGAACCCCAGGUAGAACCUUUAAGUCAUCUAAAGCUAGUUAUAGGCAAUUACAUAAAAUCUUUCUCUAACAAAAUAUUGAAGGACAAUGACGAAGCUAUAAAUAUUAAAAGCAAGAUAGGUAAUAUUCAACUAUCUUCAGAUAUUCCAACGUCUGCGAAAGUUAAAUGCCUGCUGUGCGAUGCGAGUAUAAAAGUAUCCCGUGUGGUGGGAAAAUACGGAAAAAAAUGGAUAACUUCAAAUUUCAAUCAUCACUUUAAGGCUCAUUUCAAAGAAAAAAAUCAAACCGAGAAUGAAACAGAAAAUCAAACAGCCAAGCCUCGAAGCAAACUAAAAAAUUCUACCUUGUUGGACUACUUCCAUGACUACCGAGAAAACGAGGGAAAGGAAAACAACUCUCAAACGAGGUCUAAAAGCAACCUCUCAGAAGGCAGUUCCUUUGACGCCUUGUUCGAUCCCAACUUGGACAACGACGUAGCAUGCACCCAAACAUCGGAAGCAAGCAAUUUAAUAGGUGGAGAAUAUCUGGAGGCAAAUAAUGAGCUGGUCUCGGAGCAGCUUGCUCACAACGAUAUUUCUGUAAUGCAAACUCUCGUACAACCUGGAAUAUUGCCCUUAGCAUUACCCGAGGCAUUACCUGAUUUGGAGAAUAACGGGAAUCUGUUUUUUUCACAAGGCAGAACUUCCAGUGAGGCAGGAAGUGCUGCUUUAGAAAAGAGUUCAGAAAAUGAGCUCGAGAAGCCUCAAAAACCUACCAAGGAUGCAAAGUGUAAAUGGAAAGACGAAAAAUAUUCGCGAACUCAGAGAAAUUUAAGAAAGCUAGAGUUGGAGGUUGACCAUCAAUUAAAAAUAACAUCAUUUUUUGAACUCAAAGACCGUAUUGUGGAAGUUUUGGGAAGUAAUGAAAACAUCGAGAGGAACAUAAAGAAGUCGUGUGCUGAUCAUUAUGAAUUCGCAGAACUGAAUAUGAAUAACUUUCUGAAUCUUCUGAUAAAGCAUGCAAAGCAAAAUAGUUCUUCUACUGCUAAAAACAACAGAUUUACCGAUGACCUCAAAAAAUUCUGUCUAUACUUGUUUAUCAUUGGAGGCAAACUGAACUAUGAAACUUUACAAAAAAAUCUACAAAAUAUAUUACCAUCAUUGUCAUCAGUGCGCCGAUCAUUGAAUAAGAACCUCUCAGUAAUAGAAGGUGUUGUCAGCAUGUGUGAACUUAAAAACUAUUUAGUAAAAAGAAAACUUCCUCUAAGCGUUUUCAUAAGUGAAGAUCAAACGGCAAUACUGAAAAAGAUCCAGUAUGACCCGAAGUCCAACAAGUUAGUGGGCGUGCUAUUGCCUAAAGAUAAUACAGGUUUUCCAGUAACUAAUAAAUUUAUCGUAUCCUCGAUACAAGAUAUUAGAAACGCUUUUGAAAAAGAGAUUAUCACAAACAACGCAUACGUAUUUAUGGCUCAGCCCUUGAAAGAUAAAGUCCCAGCGUUUUGUUUGUGCAUUUUCGGAAGCAACAAUAAAUUUAGUUAUGAAGAUGUUAUCAACAGAUGGACGUUUGUAGUUACUGAAGCCCAUAAGUAUGGAAUUGAAAUAUACGGUUUUUCGUCAGAUGGGGAUACUAGGUGUUUGAAAGCAAUGAAGGAACUUUGGAAUUUUCCAGACAAAAGUCAGAAAAAUUGGUUAUCGCCAUAUUUCCAGAUGGAGUUUAACCUAAAAUCCCCCGUAGUUAUUCAAGACACUGUACAUAUUUUGACAAAGAUGAAAACAAGACUUCUAAAUCCCAAUAUAACGUUGACCAUGGGAAAGCAUAAAAUAUCUUCCAAAAUUCUUGCUGAGAUGAUUGAAAAAUUUUCCAAAGAUAUACACUGUUUAUGCCAGUCUGACUUAGAUAGUGCAGAUAAGAUGAACUUUGAAGCUGCCAAAAAGUUAUGUUCUGAAGCUGUGAUAAAUACAUUGCAAAAGUUGCCUGAAAGUGAGGGAACUGUUCAGUAUUUAAAAUUAAUGCAAAAAAUUGACAAAGCCUUCUUGGACAAAUCGUUGAAAUGCAGCGAAAGAUUAUUUAAUAUGUGGUAUACAAUUUUUUUUUUGCGAGCAUGGCGGCAUUGGCUUUAUAAUGAGAAACUGUCUGAAAAAUCCUUUAUUACGUCAAACACCUAUACGGGGAUAGAGUUGAAUGGACAUGGAUUAGUUAUUUUGAUCGAGAAGAUAAGGGACACUCCAGACCAAUUUCUUCCAUGGCUUUUUUCAAGUCAACCUUGUGAAAAAAAUUUCAGGCAGACGCGAUCCAUGACGUCUACGUACUCUACAAUAGUUAAUUUUUCAAUGUUAGAUAUUCUUCGCCGACUCUCUAGAAUUCAAACCCUCAAUGAAGUUGUUAGUGAUUUAGGGGAUUCUUUCAGUUUUCCAAGGGAGAAUAAUGCAAGACUUGGAGGCGUUGAAGAUAAAAAAAAUUAUGACUUACUCGAGUUGGCUGAAAUUGAAAAAAUUAUUAUUGAUGCCAAAGAAAAUGCUAGGGUAGAUGCUAAUCAUCUUGGGAUUGUAGUAACUGAUGAACACUUUAGUAUCGUUCAUUUGAGAGAAAAUUCUGUUCGAGCAAAUGAGGAGACAGCUGGAAAUGCAGAGGAAAUUAUCGAGGAAAUUAUUGAUUCAGAUUUGGAAAUAGAAACUAGCAGUCAAGCACUAGAGGAGGAAUAUAUGUCUGAAUAUGACUUAAAUGAACUAGAAGAAGACCUUAAUACUCUUCAAGACAUAGAGAAUUUAAAUUUAAGAGAUUACAGUGGUCAAAAUAAGUCAUGUGAUAAAAGUAGCUCAUACAUAAUGGUAACGUUAAAAAAUGGAAAACAAAUGACAGUAAAAAAAUCCAGCAUCUGUUGGUUUUUCUCAGAAAAACAGGGAAGAUUGUCGACAGAUCGACUACUUAGAGUUAAAGGCAUGUCCUCGGCCACGUCGCAACCUACAACUCGACCUAAAAGAAAGAAGAAAAUUCACCAUAAAACAGCAGCAAAAAGAAAAAGAACCAAAGUCACUAAAUCAAAAUCGAGAUUAAAAUUGAACGAAGCUGAAACUGAAACAGACACUGAAACAGAAUAUAUAUCUGAUAAAUCGGAAAGCAGUGGCGGAGAAUUUAUGGUAGAUUUAGCUACUGAGGCACCUAGGGACACACCUACUACGGAAAUCGAAACCGAAAUAUUAAUAGAAACUGAAAAAUACUACAGUGUUUAUUAUGAUGAUCAGUGGUACCUUGGCAGAAUUUUGAACAUAAAUGGCAGUGAAUGUAAUGUAAAGUUUUUGAUAAAACAAUUGGAUGCUUUCGUUUGGCCUAAGCAAGAAGACAUUCAGCUAGUUGACAAACAAUUCAUUUUUUAUGGUCCGAUCGAUUUAGUAGGCAGUAGCCCAUUCCAAUUGAAGAGGGUUGAUUUAAAUAAAAUAAAUAAAUUGUAUAAAGAUUUGAAAAGAAUGUAA